AUGACAAUCCAUACCCUCGGCGACAAGAAACUACGGGACGAGGACAAAGAACGUGACAGGGACAAAGAACGUGACCAGAAGAGCCCCUCGUCCCCUGCCCAGGACCCUCUGCCGCCAGUCACCCGAGUUCUCAUAGCAGGCCUGGUGCUGGUGGCGUUCUGCAUAUACAGCACAAUCCUCGACCCCUCCACUCUGGUGUACUCCUACACACGUGCCGUCAAACAGUGCCAGAUCUGGCGGCUGGUGUCCGGCACAUUGCUGGUGCCUUUCGACCCGUCUCAGAAGGGCAUAGGCCUGGUGAUGGAACUGUACAACUUCUACACCCGGUCCGUGUUCCUGGAAAACAAUCUGUUUGCCUGCUGGCAAGACUAUGCCUGGUACCUGGUGUGCAUAGUGGGCGGCGUGGAAUUAGCCGCCAGCGUUCUUUUCCCGCCGUGGCAGGCGGUUUUCAUCUACCACGGACUGAGCAGUGCCAUGGCAUUCAACUGGGCCAUGAGCGACCAGACCCGCCAUGGCCGUGUCGUGGUGUACGGCGUGUUGCCGGUUCCGGGCUAUGCGUACCCGUUGCUGGACCUGGUGCUGACGUGGCUGUUUGGCGGUGCCGGCGCGUUCCAGGUGGCGCUGGCCGGUAUCGGCGCAGGCUACUUGUGGCAGGCGGCAGACACCGGGACGUGGGGGGUUUUGCAGUGGGAGCUGUGGCCGGACAGUGUGAGGGGGGGCAGGGUUGUGGCCGGACAGUGUCGGAGUCCUGUGGGCCGAGGCUUUGGGCGGGCACGUGGUGCGCGGCUGGGCGCGGGCGGGGCGGGUGGCCGGGAGCGUGGCGAGGUGGCUGUGCUGGCACGUGCUGCUGCCGCAGCACGUGCCAGGGAGAAGCGCGAGUGA